CAGUUGAUAGCCGUUCGAUAAUUCUUUAUUUUUUUUCAUAAAUUAAAUAAUUAAAACGCUACAUUGCAAUUUGCAGCAAUAGUUUACGUUAUUCUGGUGUUCACGGUUUAUAUUUUACUUUAUUCCUGUCGUCUGGUUGAUUUAUCCAAUAUCGUACACAGAUUUAUCCAACAUCGUACACAGAUUCUCGUUCAUUUCAUUCACAAGUUUUCGACAUGAAUAACAGUUCUAAAUCCAAAGAUAUAUACUAUGUGGUUGAAAACAUUUUAAAUUUCCGUGCAAGUAAUGGCUAUAACGAAUACUUUCUUAAGUGGAAAGAUUAUGAUGAUAUUUUUAAUACUUGGGAACCUGAAGAGAAUCUUUCCUGUCCAGUUUUAAUUAGAAAGUUUAAUAAAGAAGAACGUAGACGUAAACGCAAACUGUCAAAUCAUGCUUCAUCUGACGCUGGUCCUUCUACGAGUACAUCCGAUGUUGAUCCUUCUAUAUCUAUCGCUGGCUCAUCUAUAUCUGACGCUGGGCCUUCUACAUCUGACGCUGGGCCUUCUACAUCUGACGCUGGGCCUUCUACAUCCGAUGUUGAUCCUUCUAUAUCUAUCGCUGGCCCAUCUAUAUCUGACGCUGGGCCUUUUACAUCUGACGCUGGGCCUUCUACAUCUGACGCUGGGCCUUCUACAUCCGAUGCUGAGCCUUCUAUAUCUGACACUGGCCCAUCUACAUCAGAAGCUGGUCCAUCUAGAAGAUGUAAAAAUACUUCUCUUCCAUUGAAAAAAAGACGUGUAGAAUUUAAUGUGUCUGAAGAUAAUCAGUUAAGCAGCACAGGAAAUGGGUCAAAGCCUAAUAAGAACGCUGAUAAAGUAAUGCGUGUUGCUAAAAUGAAGAAUGGUCAGGUGAUGAUAGAGUUGAAGCUUAAAGAGAAUGAAGGUCCUGACAUAGCACCAGCUGAAGCUGUUCAUAAAAUGUGCCCACAAGCUUUAAUUGAAUAUUAUCAAAAACAUUUAUCAUUUAUAAAAGAUAAAACUAUUUAAGUUUUAACUAUUUUAUUAUAAAUAAAAAUGAUGAAUGUUCAAAACAGAACCUUUAUUUUAAAAUGUAUUUUAUUAUAUGGCAAGUAUGCCUUAC